AUGGGAAUUAAAACCUUGCUUCCUUUUCUGAAAGACGUCACUGAAAACAGCUAUUUAGACAGUUUUAAAGGUCUCGUGGCGGCCGUAGAUGCGUCUUGUUGGUUACACAAGGCCAUUGCGAUCAGUUAUUCGCAAUUCGGAGACGAUCGAAGGUGAGAACUUUUAAUAUGAAAGUUUUACUAUGUCUUAAUUUGUAUUGCAUUUUAACUAAUGUUUUUACUUCUUAGAGUGAAGGAGAUCUGCAAUUCUUAUCUGGAUCUACUGGAAAGGAAUAAAAUUCGACCGUUGGUCGUGUUCGACGGAUUGCCGCUACCGGGCAAGGACAGAGAGCGUGAUAACAGAGCAAUGUGAGAGAAUUUUUUUGCAUUGACAGUUGAAGCUCAGUUCAAAUAUUUAAGCCUUUUGUCUAAUUUUCUUUAGUAGAAAUGAUUUUUUUCAGCAGACAUUGAUCUCCCAUAAAUCUUCUUCCUUUAGGCAAAGAAAACAACAACAGCAAAAAGCUGACCAACUUCGGCGCAGUGGAAAGGUGACUGAGGCAAGAAACGCUUUGGCUGCAGCUGCAGAAAUUAACCACGAUCUCGUCUGUGGGUUUAUUCAAGUAAGUCUAAGUCUCAAUUUUGGCAUAAAGUUUAUCAUUUCAGUAAGCUUAAAAUACAUUUUUUUCUAGACUUCUUAAUAAUUAAAUAUUGUAUUGUUUUUAAUUAAAAAUUGAAUGACCUCGUUAAGAUAAUUUUUAUUCUUUUCAUUUAUAGACUUGCCGACAAAAGUCUAUUGAUUAUGUGGUAGCUCCGUACGAGGCUGAUGCAGAGAUAGCAUUACUUUAUGAGCAUGGCUAUGUAGAUAUUGCAAUCUCAGAGGAUUCCGACCUUCUUGCUUAUGGAUGCCAAAAGGUACAUUGAAUAACCCAUACAAUUUAUCAUCCAAAUGCUUAUUCAAAGCCUGGCUGUGUUUACUUGAUUUUCAACAGAAUGAACUAUAAGUUUAUAGUUUUAGUCCUUUUUAUAUCGUAACUAUUAAUUUCAUAAACUAGAACCCAAUUGCAAAUAGCAGCAGAUCUCUGAACACUUUAAAGGUUUUACUGAAAAAAAAAAUUUAGAGGCUUUCUGUAAUUUUUAAUCAUUUUCUUAUUCUUUUUAUUGUCAUUAGGUUCUUUUUUUUUCGAUUAUACAAUUUUAUUAAUUUGUACAAGUAUCAAUUUGAAAUUAGUAGCACUUAGAAUUAGUUAUAAAUUGUAUACAUUUUUAUUUUUAUGAACUCAAUGUUUUGCGCAGGCGAUCAUACAGGUAUACUCAUGAAGCCUGUGCAAUAUAAAUGCAUAUACUAUUAUUACUAUUACCUUUGGUUUUCUCCGUUGAACACAAAAGACCAUGAAUAAAAAUAAGGAAGGGUUUUCCCUGAACACCCCUAAUUUCCCUAUCUAUCUAUAGGUUUUGUUCAAGUUGCGACUCGAUGGUGUGUGUGAAGUAAUCGAGUUAGGAAAGGUGUUGCAACAUUUGUCACUGACACAGGAAGAAUUCCUGGACAUGUGCAUUGUUGCAGGUUGUGACUACUUAGAAAAUGUACGUGGCAUUGGUAUCCAUACUGCCCACAAGCUCGUGACAAAAGAAAAAACAGAUUUCUUAGCUGUUUUACAGAGAAAUCGAUUUGCCCCGUCAGACUACAGUAGUGGAUUUCAAAGGGCCAAGGCAAUAUUUCGUCACCAGACAGUGAUUAAUCCUAUAAAUGCAGAAACCAUGCCACUUACGCCUUGGGGACAAACACCAGAUAAGGAAGCUUUUCUGAACCCUUGUGGAAUGUAUCCAAUUUAA